AUGUAUAUCCCAUUUCAGUGUCCUAGUGCACUGAUUUAUGCCCAGUGUCCCGAUAAGUGUCCUAGUGCUCUGAUAUAUGCUCAGUGUCCUAAUAAGUAUCCUAGUGCACUGAUAUAUGCCCAGUGUCCUGAUAAGUGUACUAUUGCACUGAUAUAUGCCCAGUGUCCUGAUAAGUGUACUAUUGCACUGAUAUAUGCCCAGUGUCCCGAUAAGUGUCCUAGUGCUCUGAUAUAUGCUCAGUGUUCUAAUAAGUAUCCUAGUGCACUGAUAUAUGCCCAGUGUCCUGAUAAGUGUACUAUUGCACUGAUAUAUGCCCAGUGUCCUGAUAAGUGUACUAUUGCACUGAUAUAUGCCCAGUGUCCUGAUAAGUGUACUAUUGCACUGAUAUAUGCCCAGUGUCCCGAUAAGUGUCCUAGUGCUCUGAUAUAUGCUCAGUGUCCUAAUAAGUAUCCUAGUGCACUGAUAUAUGCCCAGUGUCCUGAUAAGUGUACUAUUGCACUGAUAUAUGCCCAGUGUCCCGAUAAGUGUCCUAGUGCUCUGAUAUAUGCUCAGUGUCCUAAUAAGUAUCCUAGUGCACUGAUAUAUGCCCAGUGUCCUGAUAAGUGUACUAUUGCACUGAUAUAUGCCCAGUGUCCCGAUAAGUGUCCUAGUGCUCUGAUAUAUGCUCAGUGUCCUAAUAAGUAUCCUAGUGCACUGAUAUAUGCCCAGUGUCCUGAUAAGUGUACUAUUGCACUGAUAUAUGCCCAGUGUCCUGAUAAGUGUACUAUUGCACUGAUAUAUGCCCAGUGUCCUGAUAAGUGUCCUAGUGCUCUAAUAUAUGCCCAGUGUCCUGGUGUAUGUCCUAAGAGCUCUGAUAUAUGCCCAGUGUCCUGGUGUAUGUCCUAA